AUGUUGCACCAACCAAGACCCCUGAUCCACCCUCCUCAGCAAGCCGACCAUGGCCUUCGGGAAGUCACAGACCUCCUCGACAAGUCGGUCGCCAUAUGCCGCCGUGUGACAGCCUGGUCUGAGGCGAGGGCGUCACUGGAUUCCCCCGUCGCCAUUCUCCUCGACAAGCACACGAAGUGUUUGCAAGACGUCGUGUGCUCUCUCCAAACGAAGCUGCUGGAUGCCAACCUGGGAUCUAGAGACGAUGUGCCGGUCGAUGUUGUGGCUCAGCUGCCGAUUGUACGUGCGCAACUCUUCAAGGUUCUCAACUUGGUCGAGAUGCACGCUCGCCACCCGACAACCGGCCAGGAUGGAGGCUUGAAUGCCCUGUUCGCAUCCAAGUUCAUCCUAGGGAAUGAUACAGGCGCUUGCUCAGCAUUCCCGUCGCUGGGACCUGAUGUUUCUCAGCGAAUAAUGACGGGCUUCUUAAGGCUACUGCAGACAAUGGGAGUUGGCCAAGCCCAAAGUAUCUCGAAAGACGAAGCCAUCCGUCUCUUCAAGAAGCAACGCAACGACAUCAAUGCCUUCUUCUCCGAGAUCGCCGCCCGGCUCGAUCCACGAUACGUCCAUAUAUACCAGAAAAUGGAAGACAUUCCAUACAAUCACGACUUCUCCUCGAGCAUAUCAAAAGGAAGCUUUGCCCUGGUUCGAAAGGUCAAGUGCAGGCAUACCGAUGAAGUGUUGGCCAUGAAGACCUUCUUCAAGGAAAGCGACAGGGUCCAGAUCUUCCGUGAGAUUGGCAUCCUCGAGGUGUGCGACCACCCAAACAUUCUGAAGCUAGUCGAGGCUUUUACUGUGGCGACCGAGGAUGAGGAUGACACGAUAAAUAUAGUCAUGAGACCCUGGGCUCCGUUUACUCUUCAAAAGUUCCUGGAAUCGCCUGAAGAAAAGAGGAGAGCCCAGUGUCCGUGGUUCCGGCCUGGGUCGCCCCAGUCUGACUUGUGCAUCUACCGCAUCAUGCAGCAACUGGCCGAUGCUGUUGCAUACCUGCACGGCCUUUCCAUCAAGCACAAGGACAUUAAGCCAGAUAACAUCCUUCUUCACGAGCCAGGAUCUAUCCCACCCCGCGCUAUCGUUGCCGAUGUUGGAGUCAGCAAGGUUCUGGUCCACAACGGAUCUACAAAGUAUGACGACUGCUCGUACCCGUAUCUGGCCCCGGAGCAAGUCAAAAAGAGGGAUAGCAGCCUCCGUGCAGACGUCUGGCAGCUGGGAUGCUGCUUUGCUCUGCUGCUGGCCGUGUCCAAGGCCGGAACGUCGGGGUACAGACGGCUCUGGAUCAGCUUCUCGCGGUCGGGAGAGGAUUGCUCGUGUCAGAUUGCGGGUGAGCAUGGUCACUUUAUGAAGAGCUUUAGAGACAUCUGCUCCCCUAGGUCUUGGGCAGACCGUGCAGCGUACUCACUCGUGGCUAAUAUGCUGGAUCCGGUUCACGAGACCCGAAUCGGUAUUGAGGAGGUCCUUGCUUCUGUAGGAGCCCUACUCCGUCAGGCACGAAAGGAUGGAACUGACGACGUGGUUAUGACUGAGUGA